GAGUGUGGCAGAGGGAAAACCAGAAGAACGCAGUCGUUCUUAGUGGAGGGACUCAGAGUAGUUGCACUGAACCGUAACAGCCUGGGUUUGUGGGGAUUUAGCAUGGACUGCCUCUACUGUUUCCUGGGACUGCUACUUCUAGCUGCAAGAGUGCCACCUGAUGCUGCCAAGCGUUUUCAUGAUAUGCUAAGCAAUGGAAAACCUUCAGGCUUUAUAAGGCAGCACGACCAACUAGAUGGCUGGUCUUCAGAUGAAAAUGACUGGAACGAAAAACUUUAUCCAGUAUGGAAGAGGGGAGACUCAAAGUGGAAAAACUCCUGGAAAGGAGGCCAGGUGCAGGCAUCUCUGACCAGUGACUCGCCGGCACUGGUGGGUUCAAUGAUAACAUUUGCCGUGAACCUGGUAUUUCCCAAAUGCCAGAAGGAAGAUGCCAAUGGUAACAUAGUCUAUGAGAAGAACUGCAGAAACGAUACUGGUGCAACUGCUGACCCAUAUGUUUACAACUGGACGGAGUGGGCAGAGGAUAGUGACUGGGGAAAUGAUAGCAGCCAAAGCCAUAACAACGUGUUCCCUGAUGGAAAGCCUUUCCCUCCCCAUCCUGGAUGGAAGAAAUGGAAUUUUAUCUACAUCUUUCACACAUUUGGUCAUUAUUUCCAGACAUUAGGACGAUGUUCAACAAAAAUUUCUAUAAACACAGCUAACAUGUCACUUGGCCCUCAAGUAAUGGAAGUUAUUGUCUAUAGGAGACACCGACGUACUUACAUCCCCACUGCAAGAGUGAAAGAUGUGUACAUAGUCACAGAUCAGAUUCCUGUAUUUGUGACAAUGUCCCAAGAGAACAAUCGCAAUUCUUCUGAUGAAAUCUUCCUCAGGGAUCUCCCUAUUAUAUUCAAUGUCCUGAUCCAUGACCCCAGCCACUUCCUCAAUGAGUCGGCCAUUUACUACAAAUGGAACUUUGGGGAUGGUACUGGUCUGUUUGCUUCCAACAAUCCCAUGUGGAAUCACACAUAUUUGCUCAAUGGAACCUUCAACCUCAACCUCACUGUGCAAGCUAAAGUGCCUGGACCUUGCCCUUCACCUUCACCCAGACCUCCAAUGGUCACCACGCCUCUAGUUCCUACUGGUAACUACCCCCUGGAGCUGAGUGACAAUCCUGAUGAAAGCUGUCAUAUCAGCAGAUAUGGUUAUUUUAAAGCCACCAUCACAAUUGUAGAAGGGAUUCUAGAGGUUAACAUCAUCCAGAUGACAGAUGUCCUGAUGCCCAUGCCACAGACUGGUGACUCUCUGAUGGAUUUUGUGGUGGCCUGUCAGGGAACUGUUCCCACAGAGGUCUGCACCGUCAUUUCUGACUCUACCUGCCAAAUAGCCCAGAACACAGUCUGUGACCCUGUGGAUGUGGACAUGCACAGCCCAUGCUUGCUGACCGUGAGAAGAGCCUUCAACAGGACAGGAACCUUUUGUCUUAACCUCACUCUGGGCGAUGAUGCAAGUGUAGCCCUCACCAGUGCCCUCGUCUCUGUGCCAGGCAGAGACCCAGCCUCCUCUGUAAGAAUAGCAAAUGGCACUCUGGUCGCCGCGGGUUGCUUGGCUGUAUUUGUCACUGUGAUCGCCUUCUUCAUGUACAAAAAACACAAGGAAUACACACCAAUAGAAAACCCUGGAAUUAUGGUCAAAGGCAAGAGCCUGAAUGUUUUCUUCAACCAUGCUAAGUCCAUGUUCUUCCCUGGAAGCCAAGAGAAAGAUCCACUGCUCAAAAACCAGCAAGAAGUUCCUUAAAUCUUCAGCCUCAUUUCUGAUAAACAGUUCAAUCUUCAGUGUUAUGGAUGUGAGCUGGGCUAGAUCCGAUGUCUAUUCACCACCACCCCCAAAGAUUAGUGUAAAUAUGUAUUGCGGUUUAGAGAGGUUCGUUUACUUUAUAGGUUAAAUGACACUUUGGAGAUGUGGAUAAUUAAACUUCACACAACCCAAGAUAUAUUAUAUAGGUGAUUAACUAGCAGAAUUUUCUUUCAUUGUGAUUCACAUAUAGUUUCUGAGGUGAUUUACAGGAAGAUGGACUGUGAUGAAAGAGUAAGGGGGUUGGCAGAGUGGCACAGGACCUUGGGCUCUCAAAUCUGAGGUCCUGAAUUCAAUUCCUACCGUUGCAUGUGCCAGGAUGAUGCUUUGGUUCCUUCUCUCAUUAGUAAUAGUAGAAGGAAAUGCAUGGUUCAUUAAACUCUGACCUAGGUUGACUAAAAAUGGAGAGGCUGCACAAUUUACAGUUUCCAUAUGACCAGAUGCCUAUAAGCAAUAUAUUUCUGUCCUAAAGAUCAUGUUCCAAGAUAACUGAAUCCUUCUGCAAUGAAAAUGAAUGAGCUCUCAGCAAAAUAAUAGUAAGUCAAGCCUUGAGUAUGAUGUACAUGCUUGUUAUGCUACAGAAAAUAUCUAAUAAAUAGGUGUGGAUAUUUUCAUGACAACCUGCUGUA